GUGUUGGGGGUCUGUCCGUGCAUAAACGCGGCUUUUUCCUGGGAGCGGCUGGCAGGCCGGUUCUGUCCCCGCGGGUGCGCGGCUCCUGUGCCGGCCUUUCGGGACGUGGCUCCCGAGGAGCUGCUGCGUUGGCAACGCCGUCAGAAGUUCCUGCAGGCAGAGAUGAAGCCUGGGAAAUCAUCACAUCUAAAGGAUUUACUUGAAGUAAAAGAUCACUGACUUCUACAAUGGAAAAAUCAUGGAUGCUUUGGACCUUUGUUAAAAGAUGGCUACUAGCUUUGGCUUCCUGGUCUUGGAGUCUGUGCCGUAUUUGUCUUUUACCCCUGAUAGUGACUUUCCACCUGUACGGAGGCAUUAUACUACUUAUUUUGAUAUUUGUAUCAAUAGCGGGUAUAUUAUAUAAAUUCCAGGAUGUGCUGCUUUACUUUCCUGAACAGCCCUCUUCAUCACGCCUUUAUGUUCCUAUGCCUACCGGUAUACCACAUGAAAAUAUCUUCAUCAAAACCAAAGAUGGAGUUCUUCUCAAUCUUAUCCUGCUGAGAUACACAGGGGACAAUGCAGCUUAUUCUCCAACCAUCAUUUACUUUCACGGCAACGCAGGCAACAUCGGCCACAGGUUGCCAAAUGCUUUGUUAAUGCUGGUAAACCUGAAAGUAAACUUGAUUCUGGUCGAUUAUAGAGGGUAUGGAAAAAGUGAAGGAGAAGCAAGUGAAGAAGGCUUGUACUUAGAUUCUGAGGCUGUGUUAGACUAUGUGAUGACUCGGUCCGAUCUCGAUAAAACAAAAAUUUUUCUUUUUGGCCGUUCCUUGGGGGGAGCAGUAGCUAUUCACUUAGCUUCUGAAAAUUCCCAUAGGAUUUCUGCCAUCGUGGUGGAGAACACCUUUCUUAGCAUCCCUUAUAUGGCCAGCACUUUGUUCUCUUUCUUUCCAAUGCGAUAUCUUCCCUUAUGGUGCUACAAAAAUAAAUUUCUGUCCUACAGAAAAAUCUCUCAGUGCAGAAUGCCUUCUCUCUUCAUCUCUGGGUUGUCUGACCAGUUAAUUCCACCAGUUAUGAUGAAGCAACUUUAUGAAUUAUCCCCAGCUCGGACUAAGAGAUUGGCAAUAUUUCCUGAUGGAACUCAUAAUGACACUUGGCAGUGCCAGGGUUAUUUCACUGCACUUGAACAGUUCAUCAAAGAAGUAAUAAAGAGUCACUCCCCUGAAGAAAUGGCGAAAACAUCAUCUAACGUAACAAUAAUAUAAUUGAUAUUCUUCUUUGGGGUAGGGUGGGGGGCGUACCUGCACUGUACCUUGAUUUGUGAUAAGUGGUAAAAGAAUGUCCAUUUUUAAAUGUAUGUCAUGUCUGUACUUGCCUAAAGAGUGAAAUUAAACUUGGAAAGGUCUGAUAUUUUA